GGGGAGGGGGCGGUCACGCGGCGCCCGGUUGUGCGGGCCGCACAGGAGUGCUCCCGGGCGAGCGCGGGUCGGGGGGCACCGUGUCCCGGCUCUCGCUGCGGGCGGUGUCGGGCCGUGUGCGUGUGUGCACCCUUCACGCGGCGGGGAACUGACUCAAAGUCAAACACUCCCAGGCGUUUGCGGCGUGGCCGCCCGCCCGAGGGGGCGGACGCAGCCCCUCCGGCGGCGCGGGGGUCCCGGCUGAGCUCACGCUCACUCCCGGCUUCUCCCAAGAGCUCCCAGAGCCCCGGACCCCAGGCUCCGGGGGGUUUAGGGCUGGGGUCGCCUCCCUGCUCCAAUUCCCUAUUGGAAUCCCCGGCUGCGGGGAUGGAGGCCGGCUGUCGAACUUCAGCGCCGGAGGCCUCCGGCCCCCUUUCCUUCCGGCCAGCACCCCCCCCCCCACUCGGUACGUGCACAUGGCGUCGGAAAAAAGUCCCUGGGUGGCUUACUAAUGACACAGGCAGGCAAAAAACAGGCGCUGCCGCGAAUUCCGGCCCUGGUGGAGGAAAGUCCAUAGGCGAGGUAACCGGCCUUGCAAAGAGGUCCUGGGGGGAAGGUGUCAAGAAAUCUUGGGGAGGCCCAGGCCCUGGAGACAUCUCAGCUGCCAAGGCUGCGAUUAGGCAGCUGUUCCGCGAACGGAGGAGACAAAUUCUUGUCCCGCUGGCCCUGGUUCUCCAGGUGUAAGCGCCGCAGGACCGGAGGUGGGGGCUGGACCUCAGAGCCAGAGGGUCCCCACCCUGCUUAGCAGCUGUUCAGACCUGGGACAGCCGGGUCCCACCUCUGACUCCCAGCCUCAGCCCGAGGCCAGUGUCCAGUUCUCCCUGGUGAUCUCGCCCUUCUCAAGACUUUGUGUCCCACUGCAAGUAUUAGGAGAGGUGGGCUCUCCUCUUCAGCCUUGGUGUAGGUAUGUUGAAAAUCAUAUUUCACAGUAGAGAGCCCAGGUGGUGCCCCAGCUCUGGUCCUCCCUGGAGCUCAGGAUUCCGGUACCUCCCUGAAAUCCUGGGCGGGAGCCCCCUUGACGCUGCCUCCAUCUCCUUCGAGGGAAGGAAAAUCUAGUGCCUUCUUCUGGGGAAUAGAAGAGGGUGGAUGCUCAGACCCAUGCCUGCACCACAGGUUGCCUGGGCCAGGACAGGGCACUCUGCCCCCGCCUACCUCCCUGAAGCCCUCUGAUCGGACACCCAACCCCAGAGCGGUGCCCUUCCAAGUGGCUGCCCGGGAGGUUUCCACUGGGCAAGCAAGCAGGAGAAAUCUUCUUUCUGUUUAGUCUUACCUCAUCCUUUACAAGUCUUAUGUGUGUUCAUGGUGCAGGACUGCAUUUGCCCGGGAGUAUAGCAGAUACCAUAGAAGCGGACGCGUGUCCCUAUUUCACGAGGCACACUUCAAUUCAGUCUUUUAAGGAAGGCGGUAUGUCAUCAGUAACAUUUGGAGAGGAUUGUCCAGAAGGGGGAACUGAAUGGCUUAGCCAACCCUUCACUCCCUGGCCUCCCUUGUCUUUAUGGCUUCAUCGUCUAAUAUUCUUCCCCCUUCCUCCCCUCCGCUCCCAAUGCCUCUCCAUGACAUCAUUGUGACAUGCCCUGUGCUUUCACGUCUGCAGCCCCCAGCAGAAUCUUCUGCCCGGGGACCCAACCCUCCUUGAGCACCUGCAAAUCCCGAUAUCCCCAGCUCUUCUUCCAAGUGUUCCCUGAGGCUUGUGGCUUCCAAAGUGCCCCGCAGGUGACUUCCGUCACCUACGUCUCUCUAUUGUGGUCUUUUAUGUAACUGGCCAGGGCAUGUGUCUAGAUUAGAAGCCCCUUGAGGGUCAGGCCCAGGUCUCAGUCACAUCGACAUCCAGAACAGACAGCUUGAUUUACCCUGCCACUGCGGGGGACAACCUGGGCCCAGCGAGGUUAAUCAGUCUGCACAAGGUCAGGUCUGCUGACCCCACUAAUCAGCUUGAGCCUCCUAAUCCCGUGCCAGCAGGGUCCUCAGGACAGACCGCAGUGGCUUGUGAGAGCUGGCAGGGCCACUUUGGCCUUCUUCUGCAGACCUGGUCCGGGAGGGGAUGGGGGCGCUGAGCCAUGUGCACCACCCUCUUCCUGCUCAGCACCUUGGCCAUGCUCUGGCGCCGCCGGUUCACCAACCGGGUCCAACCAGAGCCCAGCGGAGCAGAUGGGGCCCGUAUGGGCAGCGGACUGGAAACAGACCUCCAGUCCUCAGGCAGGGAGAAAGAGCCUCUGAAGUAAGUCCUCCCCUCUUCAGGCGGAGCUCAGCCCCAGGAACUGAGAUCAGCUGGCCGAGGCAGUUUGCAUCCUGGCUUAGCCCCCCACCCACAAAGGAUGCUGUGGUGGAAGCAGCAGCAGCAAGCAGGAGAAUGGGGAAAAGCAGCCAUCGAGAAGGUGCGUGUAUCGGGAGCCUGCGACGACAGACACACUCUGUGGUAGGUGCUGGAGUCAGACCGCAAUGGAAGGGAUGGUGCCUGACCUGCCACCGAGAACAACGGAAAGAUCCUAGCCAAGGAAGCCCAGGUGUGCCCGCUCGGCUGCUGCCUGGUCACAUGACCUCUCCUUCUCUGGACCUCAGUCUCCCAUUUAACAGGCAGUGUGGAACCCAAGUGGGCUGGUGCUGAGGAUGGGUGGGACCCAUUGACUACCCUCAGAAGAAGAAUGGUCCUGUAAAAUGAAGGGGAUGGACCACUUGACCUCUGGGGGCCCUUCCAGAUUCUCCCAGGUGAAACAGGCUACAAUGGACUGUGUUUGGAGGUGCUGACAGUGACUCGCCCCCUCGGCAAGCAUGGGUGGAGCCCCUGUGGGUGCAGAAAUGAAGUAAGGCUUCCUGCCACAAAGAAUGAGAAAACUGGGCAAGAUAGAAGAACAGACGUUUGACAACAGGCACCACACAGGAUGGUGACCCCUGGCCCCCUCAGCGUCUGCCUCACACAGGUCCCUGCCUGUGGCGUGGGGCGGGGAACCCCAGCAGACUACAGUGGUUUCGUUCAGGUGAGGAGACAAGAUCAGAGCUCAGGACAGCGUGCCGUUCCCAAGGACAGACACACAGAUCAAUGGGAUCCCCAAAACAGACGCCACGAAGGUGAUCGGUGGAGAAAGAAGAGUCCUUUUGAGAGAAUACAAAAAGCACUGACCAUAAAAGAAAAAGAUAAAUUGGACUUUAUCGAAAUUCUUGGAAAGCCUGGAAGAAAAUAUUUGCCAAGCAAAAGUCUGAGAAAGGACCAGUAUCCAGAAUAUAUGAAGAAUUUUUACAACUCAGUAAUAGGAAGACAGCUCAACAAAAAGGGGGGAGGAUUUUAAUAGACACUUCGGGAUAAAGUAUACAUAUGGCCAAUAAACCCAUAAAAAGAUACACGACAUCCUAAGUCAUCAAGGAAAUGUGAACGAAAACCACAAUGAGACAUACUGCACACUCCCCAGAAAGGCUGAAAGACAGACCAUAAGAGGCGUUGGUGAACAACCGUUACCCUGUACUGAUACAUUGCUGGGAAACUAGUCUGGCAGUUUCUUAGGCAGUUAUCCAAGAGGAACGAACCCAUAGGUCCAUGCAAAGAUUUGUACAGAGAAGCUCGCAGCAGUGUUAUUAAUAAUAGCUCCAAACUGGAAACAACCCAAAUACCAUCCACGGGUGAAGGGGUAGGAAAGGGGGCAGUGUAUUCACACUGCGGAGUACUAUUCAGCAAUUAAAAGGAAAUGAGCCACUAUGUGAGCCACAACAUGGGGCACUGAGAGAAGCCAGACCCCAAAGGGCACCUACUGUACGAAUCCAAUUACAGGAGAUUCUAGAACAGGCAGAACUAAUCUGUACGGGCAGAAAGCAGAUCAGUGGUUGCCUGGGGCCAGGGCUGGAUAUGGACACUGUGAAAUAGCAGGAAGGUGCCCCUCAGGGUGACAGAGAUGUUCUAAACCCUGACUGGGGUUGUGGUUAUGGGCCUAUCACUGAUUGGACUAUUGAGUCGUAUAUGUUAAAUGCAUGCAUUUCAUUGUAUGUAAAUUAUACCUCAAUACAGAUGACGGGAAGAGUUUAAAAAAAAACAAAACCAAGAAUGAAGACCUGAUUCUUGUCUUGCUCACAGUCUAGUGGAAAAGCCAGAUGUGAAAACAAAUAAUCAGAAGACAGUGAGUACCCUAAGAAGUGUGCUCAAAUAACAAGGGUUCUGUAUAUGAAGUGCUCCCUCGUGCCAGGCCCGUGGAGGUGCUGUGCGUGCACGGUUCUAAACGUCCAGAUAAGAGAGGCUGGGACGGAGGGGUGGUGGUCGUGCAGCGUUACUCGGCUAGAAUCAGCCGGGCUGGGACCCGCUCCGAGCCUGCCUGGGCGCGGAGCGUGGGCUCCACCAGCCUGCGGCAGAACACCCAGCCGAGAGCUCGGGACCCUGGCGCCUUCACAGGUCAGACUUUGCGGAGGAAGUAUUGACAUAGGAUUUGGAAUUUGCUCAGCAGAGGAGGGGAUGAGGCGAAGGAAAUUUCAAGGCAGAGGGAGCAAACAAUAUGAGCAAAGGCUGGGCAACACUCGUGGGAAGGCAGGGUUCCUGGGAAUGGAGAGACGUGUCCCGAAACGAGCAGAAGAGGUCAACAGGAUAUUACAUGUUCUUCACAUUCACUUAUUUUUGAAGAACCCAUUAAGCAAUAAUUUUACGAGAGGCAACAGCUCUGCAGAGCGGGCCGAACACUGGGAACCACCCCGUGCAAUGCCAAGGUUGCCGCUUCUCAGUGAAUGGGGUAUGCCUUGGGACAUUUCUCUUACUCCAGGAGGUUAAAGCCGUGUUCCACGAUUCCAGGUUUCUGCUGAACACCAUUUGUAGCAAGCUUUUGUGGUCCUGAAAAAUCCCGGGGGGGGUGCGGGGAAGAAAACAAAACCCUCUGUGCUUUUAUGCUGGGCUUUCUGGCUGGCUGAAGUCAGGUGCUGGAGUGAAGCAAAAUGUGUCCCACUGUCAUCGUGUGUUCUUCCGGGAAACUCCGCACAGCGGUGAGCAUCACAGGCUUUGAGGCUGGACUGUCUGAGGUCAGAUCUCAAUGCUCCCACUUACUGAUCACUUUCACCUUGCUGCCCUUUGGUUUCUUUCGUUGCAAAAGGGCGGUGAUCAUAAGUGGGCAGAUGGGAGAACGAAGGGACAGUACGUGCGAUGUGCUGAGACCCAUCUAGUCUGAGCCAUUACAGCUUUUUGUAUACCAGUCUGGCCUCAGUACAUUGGUUUUUAAAAGGAAGGUGCUUCGAGCAGGGCCUGGCCCGGAGCAAAUACUUAAUUGACAGUAGCUUUUGUGUUUUCAGAAAGGUGACGUGCCCAUGUCAGCUCAUUCCUUUAAUUUUACCAUGACCUGUUCUUUCAGAAUUGUAAUGAAACGAAAAGGAUUUGGGACAUGUGGAUCGUAUCGUUUCGGAUGAUUGUGACUCUAACAGAACACCCAACUUAGGGUGGUUCAAACAGUAAGGAGAUUUUUUUUUUAAAUCUCACAUUCUGGGGCACCUGAUGGUGCAGUCGGUUAAGCGCCCGACUCUUGGUUUCGGCUGGGAUCAUGAUCUCAGGGUCGUCUGACUGAGCCCAGAGUUGUGUGGGGGGGGUCUGCACUCAGCGGGGAGUCUGCUUGGGAUUCUCUCUCCCUCUCC